AUCGUUCGUAUCUGGCUGAUUACGACUAUAGCCUAUAUCGCUUAUUCGCAAUGUUUAAAUAGCCUUGGCUCGGUCAAUAUAUACGUUUAGGACUUUACGUUUGAUAAAAGCGAUUCUAACGCUCUCCGUAUCGUACGGUAUUAAAAAGGGAUGAUGGAAAUAAACUGCAACGACGCAUUAUAAUCGGAAAGAAUUCGCAUGAUUGCGGAUAGAAUGAAUCGGAUGAGUGAUUGACAGGACGAGCUUAGAAUGAGACGACUCUCUCUCUACAUCAACGUCAUUGGGACUCGUGUGAAUUUUAUUGGUUCACGACCGGAUAAUCAAUCAAGUUUUAUAGUCUUAGUUUUAUUUAAUAAUGCGAAUAGCUUAAAAUUUUCUUUUAUAUUUGUACGUUUGAUCCGAAGAUCAUAUUCUCUUAUUUCAGAGGAAGGAAACUCCAUACACAAAAUACUAUAUAGUUGACGAAGCUAUUUUUUUACUAUUGUAAAUACAAUAAGUUAGAUACAUAUAUAGGCCUGAUUAAUCCCCUAUUCAAUGCCGCGUUGAAAGUUUACACAUCAUAAGCCCUCCAUAAACAUUAGGGUAAAACGAAAGAACUUUCCGAUUGUUUAAACCUUAGAUGUAUUAUAUUUAUAUUUCUAUUUAUAAAGGAUAUAACCAAUAUAUAUAUAAUAUAUAAAGUACUUUUUCAAUGACAGAAAUCAAAUUACACGCUUCGAAACGAUAUAAUUAACGGUAGAAAUUAGCGCUAAUUUGUCAAUAAUUGCGUUGAAAUUUCCAUCUGUCAACCGUAAUUUUUGUAUAAAAGUUUGAAAGAGUAUGUAUGAGUGUGUGUGUGUGUAUUUGUCUGAAAGACAGUUUGCUUUCGCUUUUAAGCUUAAUAAAAAGAAAGGAAAAAAUUGUAAAAGAAACAAAAUGGACAAGGUUAAAGGGCACCGUAUUUGGAUACUUGACUGUAAACAAUUGAGGAAUAAGAAACAAGAAUUUUUAGGAGAACUAAUUCUAAAUGCAAAUUUCAUGCAUAACAAUGGCAACGAAUUAAUGAAGUUAACGCGUCAAAGCUUAGCGAAAUUGAUUGAAUUACGUAUUAGAUUAAUUACAGGCGAAAGUGUUACAAGAAACAAAUGAAAUAUAAACAUGACUUAUAUAUAUAUAUGAUGCUAUUACGAAUUUAUUUGUAUAUGAUCCGAUUUUUUGCGUCAAGGGUCGCAUUUUUUAUAGGCAAGAUAUAACAUAAAAUAUUUGUUUACCUAGGCCUAUAUUAUACCGUUCUACAACGUGGCGAAUUCACUCGAAAAGAUUUAUUCUCGUAUGCAAAUAGACCCGUUCGAUAGGAGUGACGGUCUUAGUGGAAGGUUUAAAUAAAUUUCCGGUUUAUUGAGCGUCUGCGUAUAGGCCUAAGAGGAAAGAGAAGGAACGGGUAUAAGUGAAACCGAGAUUGUAUUCUAAUUAUAAAACUACAUAUUCUAUAUCCUCCUACAGCAACUUAUCACCGAGUACAUUUUCGGUGCGCAUUAUUGCAAUUAAUUUCUAUUAUAGGUAUUAGUAGAAUUUGUAAUCUCGUUAAUACUGAAAAGAGGGAUGUUAGAGAGGGAUGGAAUCUUGUAUUUAUUGACAAUUUAUAAGAAUAAUAAGGUAUUUGACAAAAAAGGAAUGUCACGAGAACAGAGAAACGAAGAUAAAGGGAGCUACUGAUUGAUCGGAAAUGGACUGGACUAGCAUAAAGGAUAAACUAAAACGAAAGCAUAAAAGGUCUAUUUUUAUUUUUUAUUAAAUUCAAUAGCAUCUGUAUAAUAUCUGUCACAUUUUUUUGUAAAUAAACAAACACUCCUUAAAGUUCAACCGGAUGAAAUGCAUUUAAUCUACACAUGAGAAAAGUGACACGCGUCUAAGGCUUUGUAUAAAAUGCAGAGCGAAUGCAGCAGUUAUAAACAAAACUUGCAGUACGCCUGUAAUAAACGUAAAGCAUUCUACGAUUUCACGUUCUUCCGUCUACCACUGUUUACAAUUUGCUGUAAUAUGUACUAGAAGGGAGCAGAUCAGCUUUCUAGUUAUUGUUGAUACAUUGAGGCAUUAAUUCAACCUGAAGAUAUUAUUCAUAUCUUUUUUAUCAUAUAGCUUUCUUCUUCUUAUCUGCUUUGUUUAUUUAAAUCAGCAUAAAUUAAAAGCUCUUUCUAUUUAGGUUUCUUAUUUUUGAAAAAAGGCGGUAAAUUUCAAAUUUCACCAGUUAUCCGUGGAUGUAGUAUGGUUCCUGAUCCUAUUGGGUUUUUAUAGAGAAUAUUUAGUAUGAGAUAGAGGGUGACCGAUAUUUUCAAUCGAAAAUGGCGGAAAAAAUAAAAAUUGAUUCUAAAAAUGAGAAAACUGACGAAGAAACACCGUUAAUGACUUCUUCGGAAGUUUUAAAGAAUACUCUAAGAAGUUUGGCAGCAAAAUCCGCACCCAAAUUUGCAAUUCUCUCAAAACUCUUUCCCGGAGCUUUCAAAAAAAAAUUUGACCAGCUAGAAGAAAUAUGGAAUGAUAGCACAAAUGACUAUAAUAAGGAUGUCGAGGAAACAAUUCAUCGUUUGUUAAAUGAUCCUCAGUGUUCCGACGGCAAGUCAUUCUUAGAUCUUGUGAAUGAUCGAGAAAAGCUAGUUGAAGCAUGUUUACAAAAAGAAACUACUGGAGAUGGGAAACCACUUAACCAUAGUCGGAUAGAUUUGAAUGCUUUCGAAAUUAGCGCUCUAAAUGACAAGAAGAAAUCAUUGGAAGAUGCGUUAAAACGGGAGAAAGAUGAAUUAGAGAGAAAGGUGAAAGAAACUGAAGAUAUUCAUAAACAAUUGGAUUCAGUAAGCAGCGAACUGUUACAAAAUUGCUUAGUUUAAUGGAGAAGAGUGGAAAAGAAGGAGAGAGAGAGAGAGAGAGAAAGAGAAGUGGUCGAAAGAAGAGAGUACAUGCAGCAUAUGUAUAUAUCUAUAUCUAUAUAUAUAUAUAUAUUAAACCAUUUUAUAGUUAUACAAACAUAAUAAAAAGAUUUUGUAAUAAGUUGGCCUUUCUUUCUGAAUGGAACAAAGAGGAAAUCGAAUUGAAAAAAAUACGCAUUAAAAGGCAAUAAAAAGUAUGGAUUAUAAAGUAAAAGAUAACUAUGAGCUAUUUUUAUAUGAAUGAAGCAGAGUGAUCUUCGAUCGACCCUCUCGUUUUAGAUAUUUGAGUUGAAUCCCACGUGAAUUUCGUGAAAAAUACCAUCUGGCCUAUGAAGGCGUACAGUUGUCGAUGGGUCGUAAGGCUUCUAGAUGGAAGAAUUCCUUGUACUGCCAAAUAGGCGACUUUGAAGGCAGUUGCUCUCGUCAAAUACACUUGGGAGAAUUAAUGAACGGCGGUGGCAAUUUUUCUGCGCAAUAGUUCUUCUUAAACCUUUAUUUGCGGUACUUAGUCGCAUAACGCCCGC